AUGGCGACCGGCGCGCUCGACCCGCGGUGUGAGUCGUGCCCGACGGCCGCCGCGCGCGCCGCGACGUGGUUCUGCGCCCAAGACGAGGCGUACUUGUGCGACGCGUGCGACGCGAUGGUGCACGCGGCGAAUGGGAUCGCGAGUAAGCACGAGCGGCGGCCGGUGCGAGGGAUGGAGCGGGACGUGGACUCGGCGGAUUCGCGUAGGUUGAGCAAGUUGACGCGCGGCGAAGUACACGUGGACGUGACGACGGACGACGUGAUCGGGAUGUGCGACGAGUACCUGCACAGUUCGUUGAUGCCAUCGUCGUCGUUUCCUGUGGACACGUUGGACGGGGCGUUUUGGGACGAGACGAUCGGGGAGCUGGAUGACGAGACGGAGCAAUUUUUGCGCGACGAACCCUUCGGAGGCGACGUGCACGACGGGAUCGACACGUCGAGUCCACGGGACGGCGCGACCCUGAUUCGGGGUGUAGUGAAGCCGAAUUCGUCGGACUCGCACUCGGGGGAGUUCAGCGGAGGAAGUGACGGACGAUCGCAAAAGAGCGAUAUCUCUCGCAGCGACAUGGAACGGUUACGACGCAUCGGACGGGAGGAUUUCGACUCGAGCUUCCUUGGGCCCAUCUUAGACGACUCCGCGGUGAAAUUUCUCGAAGCGAAUCCGACCUACGGUGUGUUCGGCUCACCGUCCCCGGAGUCGAGAGGUAUUGGCGCAAAGGCGCUCGCUGCGAAAUUUGGCUCGACAUCCGUCCGGUUCGAGCGCGACGACGGGCUGAUGAACGGUGUGGGACCCAAGGAGGAGACUGAUGACGCGUCAAAGCCGGCGACGCGCUUCGACGCGCCGCCGUCGGGUUCGGACACGUAUUCGGGCAUGCCGCAACCACAGACGCGCUUGGAGCGACUCAAGCGAUGGAAAGAAAAGCGAAAGAAUCGCAACUUCAACAAGGUGAUUCGCUACCAAUCUCGCAAGGCGUGCGCAGAUAGCCGGCCGCGCGUGAAGGGUAAGUUUGUUCGCGUAAGCUCGGUGCCAGAUCUGAGCAAGAUACGAGAGGAAGGGAUCGAUUCUGAGGACGAGGACGAAAAGGAUGUGGGUCGCGACAAAAUCAAAGAACUAGGCCUCGACAUGGGCAUGCGCGCACCGCCAUCGAUGCGAGCGAUAAAGACAGGUCUCGUCGGAUCCGCUUCGAUGCCAGACUUUUCCGUGUACAAUAUGGACGAUUAG